UAAUAAUUCAACGUUUCCUAGUUCGACAUAAGCUUGGCUUGUCAGUCAGGCUUCUGACCCUGUACAGCAAGACAUUGAGGGUGCGACUGUCAAAUAUUCUGCACCCAACUUAAUAAUCCCUGCAUCCUCUCGCAUGAUACCGAUAAAAUUGACAUCCACCCUAUACUGUACACGGCAACGUCACCAACCGAACACUGGCAAAGAUGUGUCCAUGUUUAGUUCUCCCGCAAUCUCUAAGAGAAUGGCUGCAACUCCUCAUGCUCCUCUACGCUACCUUCAUCAUCCUCUUCCACUGGCGCAGGGGUCCUCCACGCCAAACCCCCCACCCACCAGGACCAGAAGAACCAGAAGAAUCACCACCACCAGCCCCCUCUGACACCGACUCAGAAUCCCCUUCAGACUCAGAAACUAGCCCCAUCGCCGCUUUCCCAAUCCAGCGCCUCCCCUACCACGAACCAACCAUCACCACCCUCAUCACCCAAAUCUACCACCUCUACCUCCAACUAGACUACAUCCAGCCCCACGAACUCAUCUAUCCGCCCCCCGAAACCGGCCACGCCAUCAACGAGGCCCUCUGCGCAGCCCUCGGUCUCGCCCCCGCCGUCAUCUCCCUCAUGAAACGACUCCCCUACUUCCAAACCUCCAGUCUCGCCCACGACAUCCCCUUCACCCCGCGCUCCCAGGCCUUCGUCUACCUGGAGGACGAGGAGAUCCGCGGCGGCCGGGACCCCGAAUGGUACGGCACAAGAGCCCCCGACCCGGGGUUCUUGCUUCCGUGGGAGCUCGCGCUCACUUUUGCGACAGAUGAGGGGGUGCAUUGGAUUCUGGAUACUAGAGAGAGUACGUUUCCCAACCCUUCCCCUUUCCUUACCCAGCACCGCAUCUUCAAUUGGAUUGGACUUGGACUGACAAGCCACGCCAGAUACACUCCGCGUCUGGGAUCGGAAUAAGGCGCCGGCUGGGGGCAAUGUGGAGGAUUACCGCGCGUAUUCUGCGCAUCAUGCGCCGACGUAUUUGGCGAGAUAUUUGAAGAAGUUGAGGGCGUUGGAGGUGAUUCCCAGUGCACAUGCGGUGCAGCGCGGGUUCUGGGGUGAGGAGUGGGCUGAGUUGGUAGGUUGUCUUUUCUUGGUGUGAUUGUGUGAGUUUGGGGUGAGCUGUGCUGAUGUGAUGGGGGGCAGUAUCCGAGGAUCAAGAGGACGUUGCAGGAGCAGUAUGGUUGGCCGUAUGCGUUUCGCGAGGAGGAGUGGAAGGCUGCUUCGGCGGGGGUUUGGGAGCGGGCUUUUCGGAUGGAGCCGGCGUUGAGGUAGGUAGCUACUGUUCUCAAGGAGAAGUUAGCACUGA